AAGCCCAUAAUUGAAAUCCAUUAAAUAAUUUAAAAUCCGAAAGAAAAUCAUAAAGAACUGGGCCCGUACCUGUCUAUUGCAGGUGCACAGCAUAACUGGUACCCCCCUGGCGCAAAUAAUUAAAUCCAAAUAACUACCAGGUUCUGAAACUGUAAUACACGUGUCAUUUUCACCAUUGAUGGCAUACAUUUAAUGUACGUUCUCGCGUGACAAUAUCUCCCACACGCGCGCAAUUCAUGUCAAAUCCCAUCACCCAAGCCCGCGAAGCCACAGCCCGGGCACGUGACCGCCAAACUUUCAGUUUUAACAGUCCAAAUUCAUAGAUUACAGACGGAGAGAGACAUUGAAGGAGAAGCAGUUGAAGUCGCGAAGUAGCCAUUGGAUUGUUCCGGAAAUCCCUCGAUUUUCAGAGCCACCGAUCCGAAGCUCCCGCAAAUGACGAUCAAAAAUCCUCAUUUUUUCACCGGUUUCGAGCACAUAAGGGAUGCCUAUGGAUUUACUGUGAGGCCUCAUCAUUUUCAAAGAUACAGAGAGUACGCUGGUAUCUAUAAGGAAGAGGAAGCAGAAAGAUCAGAUAGGUGGAAGAGUUUUCUUAACAACGAAGAAGUAUCUGAUCAACAGCAACAUCGUAGCCAAGAGGAGGACAGGACUGGGGAUUCUGAAGUAAAAAACCAGGAAAGUGUUUGUGCUGCUGAUGUGGUUGGAGAGGCUGAUGAUUCUGAAGUAAAAAACCAGGAAAGUGUUUGUGCUGCUGAUGUGGUUGGAGAGGCAGAUGAUUCAGAUAGAGAGAAGCCUCUUUCUGACAUUCAGACAGAAACUAAUCUUGAGAAAGAGGUGCCACCUUCCACACAAUCAAAACCCCGUGAGGUGAAGACAUGGACUGACAUUAAAUCAUCUCUAUGUGCUAUUGAAACUAUGAUGGCAUCUCGUGUAAAGAAGAAAAAUUACUUGAAAGGUGACCAGUUAACAUCUUCUCAUGAUCAUCUUCCAAUUGAAGAGUCAAAACCUUCAAAGGGAGAAUCGGAGGACGAGGAUGAGAACGACAAUGUGAUAUUGGAUGACAGUACAAGAACAGCUGCUGAAGGAUGUACUGCAGAUGAUGGAAUUUCUGUAGAAUCUUCUGUACCUUGGAAAGAUGAACUUGAGCUACUUGUUCAGGGAGGAGUACCAAGAGAUCUCCGGGGAGAGGUCUGGCAAGCCUUUGUUGGUGUUAAGGCACGUCGGGUGGAGAGUUAUUACCAGGAUUUGCUUGUCUCUGAAAGUGAGAAUGACACACCAUUACUAGACAAUGAUAGUAAGGGAUGCAAUAAAGAAAAAGCUGACGUGCCAGAAAAAUGUAGGAAGCAGAUUGAGAAGGAUCUUUCUCGAACUUUUCCUGGGCAUCCUGCAUUGGAUGAGAAUGGUCGAAAUUCUUUAAGGCGCUUACUUUUGGCAUAUGCUCGGCAUAACCCAUCAGUUGGGUAUUGCCAGGCAAUGAAUUUUUUUGCUGGUAUAUUAUUGCUCAUGAUGCCAGAGGAAAAUGCCUUUUGGGCCUUAGUGGGUAUUAUGGAUGACUAUUUUGAUGGAUGUUUCUCACAAGAAAUGAUAGAGUCUCAGGUUGACCAACUUGUUUUUGAGGAGUUGAUGCGUGAAAGGUUUCCUAAACUGGUGAAUCAUCUAGAUUACUUGGGAGUGCAGGUUACAUGGUUAUCUGCUCCUUGGUUCCUUUCAAUUUUUGUAAAUAUGCUCCCAUGGGAAAGUGUUCUUCGAAUUUGGGAUGUACUCCUAUUUGAAGGAAAUCGUGUCAUGCUAUUUCGAACUGCACUUGCUUUGAUGGAAUUGUAUGGUCCUGCUAUAGUGACAGCUAAUGAUGCAGGAGAUGCCAUCACUUUAUUACAGUCCCUUGCUGGUUCAACUUUCGAUAGCAGUCAACUUGUGUUGACUGCUUGCAUGGGUUUCUUGAAUGUAACUGAAGAUAAAUUGCAAGAACUAAGAGAAAAGCAUCGGCCAUCUGUUAUUUUGUCAAUAGAGGAAAGAGCAAAAGCUGGUCGAGUUUUGAAAGAUCAAAAAAGUCUUGCAACUAGGCUCUAUAGUUUCAAGCAUGAUCCUCAAUCACGAAAGAAACAAUCUGAAGUGGAGGAAGGGCCUAGUGAUAAGAAUGCAGACACUGACAAAUCACAUUCCAGGACUAGCUCUACAAAUCUGGAAGAUUUGCUAAACGGCAUGACAUCAGAUUCAGAAGUAGAUUCUGUUCCAGAUCUUCAAGAACAGGUGGGAUGGUUGAAGGUUGAGCUAUGUAAUUUGCUGGAAGAGAAAAGAGCAGCAGUUAUCAGAGCUGAAGAAUUGGAAACUGCCCUUAUGGAAAUGGUCAAGGAAGAUAAUCGACGAGAAUUGAGUGCUCGGGUUGAGGAUCUGGAGGAACAGAUGGAGGAACUGCAACAAACCCUUGCAGAUAAGAAAGAGCAGGAGAAUGCAAUGCAUCAGGUUCUGAUGCAAUUUCAACAAGAGCAGAAGAUAACUGAAGAGGCUCGGAUUGCUGCAGAGCAAGAUGCAGCUGCUCAAAAGUAUGCAGCACACAUUCUUCAGGAAAAGUAUGAAAAGGCCAUGGCAUCCCUUGCUCAGAUGGAGAAGAGAGCUGUCAUGGCAGAAUCAAUGCUGGAGGCAACCAUGCAAUAUGAAUCUGGCCAAGUCAAAGCUUUAGCUUCUCCAGGGGGAAGACCUGAGUCUCCAAGGAAUGCACCAGCGAAAAAGAUCAGUCUACUGUCAUUUGGGCUUGGGUGGCGAGAUAGGAACAAGGGAAAGCCGCCAAUUGAUCUUCCAUCAUCCAUGGAAAGUAAACCUACUGCUGAAGGACAGGACACGAGCAGUAGUCAACUUCAGAAUGGGCUUCAAGACGAUGACAAAGAUACUGCUAAAGAUUGAAUGCUUGAAUCAGAACAACAUCCAGACCCCUAUUAUUGGCAGGUAGCUAUCGAAACACAUCAUCUCCAGUGUUGAAUAUCUGUCCCAUUUCAUCUUCUUUUUUUUUUUUUUU